UAAUAAUAGCAUAUGGCAAAAUACAUGCACAUCAACCGGUCAGCGCAGCAUCUUUUGGCCAUAACUUUACAUUACUUUUCCCAAGCAGUAAUAAAUGGAUAGCUGAAAACCCAAAAAUUAGCGUUAUUUUGAUGAAUCCAAAUGCUGGACGUGCGCCAGUUGAAAUACAAUAUCCUAAAAGUAUUGGAAGUUUUUCAGCAGAUUUCGAAAAAAUCAUUAAGGUUGUUGAACCGAUGAGCUAUCAAGAAAUUGUCUUCAACGAAUCACUGAUAAAUAAUUGCGAAAAUGCAACUAAUAAAAUUUUGGUGGAAUGCGCAGAUAGUAGAAUACAUAUCAGUUCAUCGUAUCAUCGAAUUGCUGUUCUCUCACAUUGGUAUCACCCCGAUGCGGGUGACAGUUUCCUCGUAUUGCCAUCAUCAAUGGCUACAAAUAAAUAUGCAUUUUCUGCGCCAGCACCUGCUGAAGAUGGUAUUACAACAGUAUAUUUCUUACCGCAAUCAAAUAAUGCGAUAAUAGAUGUGGUUGGAGAAAUUAAUGAAGAGCCAUUCAGUAAUUCAUUUUCUCCAAAACUGGAUAAUGGAAAUUUAAUGACAAUACAAACAACGGGUAAUUUAGCAUUGAUAGCAAGCGCAAAUGUCUCAUUUACAGUUAUUGUUGCAGUGGAGAAGUUGCCAGUUUCAUCAAAUGAUAACAGAACUGAUUUUGGCGUUUACAUGCCAACACCUCUUCAUCAUUCAGAAUUUUGUUCUCGAAUUAAUCUAAAGGAAGCAAUUUUCGAUUGUUACAAUGUAAGCGAUUAUCAUAUUGCAAUAUUAAACAAUGCGAAGAAAUUCCUGGUAACGCGAAGUGAUUCAUAUUGUGAUACUGAAUUUACUACAAUCAAUGAUAUGGCAAAUUCGGUCUCUUAUUCACUAACAGAACUUUAUAACGAAAUAGAAUUUGUGGAAUAUAGUCAAUAUAUAGGUUUUAAUACCAGUUCUGCAAUAUUACAAAUAUUACAAUAUGGCUAUGAUAAUGAAUUAAUUAAUGGAUCAUUUAUUGAUUUGGUUGCGUCAUGGUCACAGUUUGUUACUGGCUUAACUACUUUCUUUGUACCCAGUGAUGAAAAUAUCGUUACGAUCAUAGGUGAUGCUGAAGCCACCACUAGUACCAUUUCCGGUAAUCGAAUUCCAAUUGAAUUCGUUUGGAAUUGGACUCCAAUAACCUUUUAUCAGGAAACAUUCUACUACUGUACCAUGUCUCUACCUAUGGGAUUCUAUGUGAUAACAUCAAACGGUUCAUAUACCAUAUUUGUAGCUGGCCAGAUACAGAAUGCUGCAUACGGAUUCAUCACCGCUUACAACGAGCAAAUAUCGAAAGAUUUACCUGAAAUGAAGAGAACCACCACACAACCAACAACAACCACCACACAACCAACAACAACCACGCAACCAACAACAACCACGCAACCAACAACAACCACCACACAACCAACAACAACCACUGAGAUUUCAUCACCAUAUACAACUACAAUGGAAACUGCAACAGGUUAG